AUGAGUCAGAGCACCGGCGAGGGUGAAAACAAAAGCCGGGAAGGCAGGGAUCGUCUCAGAGAACUGGGUUUGCAGUGUGUUUCGCCAGGUUUUGGAAAAAUGGACAACCGUAUGCUAUCUACUUUACAGGUUUCGAAGGACAUUGCCAAAGAGCAGAAGGAGGCUAUCCAGAAGCUCAGCGGCGAUGCCAAAAGCUCGAGCCCCGAGCCCAAAAUCAACACUGGCCCUGAUACAGCCCCAUCGAGAGUCUCUGGCCAGGACUCAGGAAGCUCGAGCACGGGGGACAUUGAAAAGAAUGUAGCUAAAGCAGGUCCCAAGUCCCUAAAGCGAGCUCGGAUUCCGCCGCCGUUGAACAUACGUGCUUCUGGGUCCGAUUCCGGAUCGAGGUCCGGUAAGGAAGAUAACUUCCAGUUCACAGGGGCCCGCAGUGCACCAGCCCAUAUCACGCGUUACCCUCGUGGUAAGUCUAGGGUCCAGUAUUUAGGACGCAGCACUGAUGGUGAACACAGUGCGAGAAAGAAAGCGAGGGCUCUACCAAACUGGGCUCAUAUGAACAAUGCCGCAAUGACGCCGUAUGCGUACUAUCCUCCCCCUGCCACUGCAAUUCCAUAUCAAGGAGGAUAUCCCGCUUGGCAGGGUGCGCUACAAAAUCCUUAUCAAAGCCCUUAUAUACCCGCGUACAUGGCUCCUGUCCCAUAUGCGAUGUUGCAGGCUCCUUUCGCGCAGAGUGUGCCUGAUCCACAGACCGCCAAGAAUCCGGCAUCAAACUUGCAGCGCGACUUCGAAGCCUAUCGGAACAAAAAUCCAGGUGUGGGCACCAGAGAUCUUUUUGGCAACAACAAAAGCCGCUGGGCACCAAUACAAGCUCAGCCUCAAAGCGCGCGUGAAGAAUUCUUUGGUGCGCGCGCUAGAACACCUAUUAGGCAAAGUUCUGCUGCCGGAGCAUCUCGACCAAGACCUGUCGAGAAGACUAAAGAUAAGCAAGCUGAUAGUGGGCCUGCACGCAACAACUCUAGUAAAGAAGAUGAUAAAGACAACAACGACGAUAAUGACACAGAAGAGGUUGACCUGGCUAUCGAGGAAGGUGCACAGCCUAUUCCAAUGCACGCUCGUCAAAACUCAGCUGCAUCCGUUGCCAAUGCUACUAUGCAAGGUGAAAUUAGACUUCAACAAGAUUCAUUCGCUUUCACCUUUUCUAUGCUUGAUUCCGCCACAGACAAAAAAAUGUUUAUGAGUAUAUGCGAUAAGGUGUGGGAUGAGGCUCAAGAAAUAACAAAGCGUUAG